GUCUCUCCUCGCAUCCUAGAAACCCUAAAAUAUACGAUCAAUUUCCGAUGGCGAAGGCGAAUAACCCUAUAGUUUUCCUCGACAUUGCCGUCAGCUUCACAACUACUGCUCGUAUCGUGAUAGAGCUCUACGCGGACACAAACCCUAAGACGGCGGAGAACUUCCGGCCUCUCUGCACUGGGGAGAAAGGCGUAGGGGAGUCCGGUAUACCACUCCACUACCAGGGAUCCAUCAUCGACAGUAUAGUCCCAGGCAAAAUCUGGCAUGGCGGGGAUACCACUCAGGGGAACGGAUUGGGAGGCGAAUCGAUCUACGGCCAUCAGUUCCCGGAGGAGGACCCCAUCAGGAUGCACGACCGUCCAGGUGUCCUCUCUUUGGCCAACCCUGUCGGAAACCCUAACAACUCUAAGUUGCUGAAGCUGUUGCGAGAUGCCCAAGUGAAGACGGGGGAGCUGGAGGCCGCAAUGGCAAAGCAGACCUUUGCCUAUCAAAGUAAAUAUGUCGGAGACAAUGCAAUGGGGGAGCUGGCCAUGGCACAUUGUUCCCGAUUACUUAAGCACUCAGCAGCACAUGAAAUGAAGGAAAAGACCCUGGUCACUCUCAGUAGCUUGUCUUUGUUUUUGCUGUUGGCUGUGUUUCUUCGUUUGUUGUUAUUUUAA